AUGGCCAAGACUCUCAGGCAGUACACGGCCCCGUCCAGUAGCCACAUCAUUACUGGACUGAAUAAUGACCAUGACAAUGAUGGCUUUGAGCUCAAAUCGGGACUGGUGAACAUGGUUAAAGCGAGUCCAUUCUGUGGGAAUGCAUCAGAAGAUGCCAACGCUCACCUCCAGAAUUUCCUGGAAGUGAGCAGCACUAUCAACCCAGAGAGUUUCUUCCAUGGCCUGAACAUGCCAGCCCAGUACCACAUUGAUGAAGCAUCAGGUGGCUCAUUCCUUUCGCUUAGCGUCAACGCAGCGAAAGCGCUGGUAGAGAAGAUUACUUCCAACCAGAGUUGGAAAGGUGAAAGGCAGCAACAUCCCCGCAAGGGAAUUCAUCAUAUCGAUAGUGUUGAUAUGCUUGCUGCCAAGAUGGAUCUUCUCAUGAAGAGACUGGAGUCUCCGCACCAGGAGGCCAACCAGGUUAUGGAUUCUCGCAUGACAUGCGAGACUUGUGGAGAAACUGGACAUACAGGCAACUCUUGCCCAAUUACCCAGGAGGAAGCACAUUUCGUUGGAGCGAACAACUCUAAUAAUUCAGGCUUCCAUCCUCAGUAG